AUGUCUUGGACGAAGCGGUCACAGGAGGUGCUGUACAGGGACUUUACCGAGAAGGCUGCCGCCGAGCCACCAGUUACGGCAGAGAAGCCAUGGAGUUUGGAGGUCUAUGACAUAUCUCAGGACGGGCAGCUGCGCGAGUAUGUCCAGAAUACUGUGCGACGUCUCAGCGGCAAACCUCGACUGAGGAUAGUCUUUGCGCCAGCGGACACACCACGGCGGGAAACGCAAGGGUUGAUGGUAGAGCUGUUCCACAAGUUUGGCAUACCACACGACUUUACAGCAGAAAGGGCGAGAUCUACAAACCAUAGCUUGAGCCGGAGAAGUAACGACGAUGAUGGCUUCAGCUCUUGGUUCCGAUUCUCUUGCAUAUCCUCUUUACUCGGAGAGACAGAGGACGAAACAUCCCUCGCCGAUCACUUGUCAACCUGCAGCUGAAGGAAUGCCUCGAGUAUCGUCAAACACUCUUCCGCUCAACACAACUGAGAGUGUCUGCGCUUCAGAGACGGAUCGAAGCCGUCAUUGCUCUGGCGUCUCAUCUGGUCUCCCAACAGCAGUCAGCGGCAGUGAUACAGGGUCCCGUUUCGAUGAAGCUCAUCGCAGCCUCCAUCCUGAUAUUCUUGCCUACAAUCACUGUCGCGACCA